AUGGCCAGGAGAGGGAGGGUUGAGGGUGCUGUGUCAAGGCCCAAGGUCCAGCCAAGCUUGGGACAGGGGCAGGCUACCAUCAAGGACCACGUGGAGUUGGGACCUAAGAACAGGAUGCUCUGGGAGGAGUCAGGAGGUGGAGUGGGGAAUGUCUCCACAGUGUGCAGAAAGCCCAAGCUUAUGGGGAGGGUCUCUGGUGGCCAGGAUGUGGUGGCCGGCCAAUGGUGGUGGCAGGCCAGCCUUUUGUCGGGUGGGCACAUCUGUGGAGCUGUCCUCAUCGACACCCACUGGCUGGUUUCCACCACCCUCUGCUUCCGCAACAAAUCCCAUGCCCUGGAGGACGACCAGGUUCUGCUGGGAAGCACCCGGCACAGCCAGCACACCCGCACAGUGCCUGUGAGCCACGUCAUCACUCACCGAGACUCUGAGGAGUUCUGCCCCUCCGGGAACGAAGCCCUGCUGCAGCUGCUCCUGCCUGUGGACUUCACCUCCUCCAUCACCCUCGCCUGCCUCCCAGCCCGUGACACCCCGCUGCCCCGUGCCUGGUCCUGCUGGACAACCAGUUGGGGAAUGCUCAGUGAGGGUGCAGACCUGCUCCCACCCUUCCACCUCCAGGAGGGCAGGGUGGGCCUCAUGGAGAACAAGCUCUGUGACACCUUACCAGGACAACGACUUGGCAAAGACAGGCCCUACUUUGUGUAUGAGGAGAUGCUGUGUGCUGGGGACUUGCUGACUGGGAAGGCCAUGUGCCAAGGUAACUCUGGGGGACCACUGGUCUGUGAGGCAACCGUCCCUAGUGCCUGGGUUCUGGUGGGGCUGGCCAGCUGGGGCUUGGACUGCCAGAACCCCACCCACCCCUGUGUCUUCACCAGGGUUGCCUACUUUGCCAGCUGGAUUGACAAAGUCCAGAGCCUCAACCCUGCCCCUGGCCCUGACACCGCCCCUCCCCAGGCCUAG